GCAUCCAAGCGCUGUUUUCCUGUAAUGCGUUUCAGCAUGAGUUUCUAGGGCUAAGUAGCUCCUCUAGGAAAUGUUGUCCAGGAAUCGUAUUGCCUAUGUUGGUCCUCAACUUCUGCAAAAAAGAAGUAUAGCAGGCCAAUUUGGAAAGCUAGCGGCAAGGCUUUUGCGUUUCCGGUACUUAGUUGUUGGAGCUGGCGUUGGAGGGUCCUAUACAAUAUCAAAAAAAUAUGAUGAAGUUAAAAAUUCUCUACCGGACAUAUCCAUUAAAAAUUACAUACCGACUGAUCAGUUCAAGGAGACUAUACAGUAUGUAAAAGACUGUGCUGCCUCUCUCACUAAGUCGUGGAAGGUCUGUGAGUUUCUCUUAUUGUUCACAACUCAGUUGAAUCCUGGAUCUCCAUUGGAAGACACUAAGAACUUACGUACAACUUCAAUGGAAUACGAGACAACGAAUGGUGCAGAGACGGCUUCUCGGUUGCUUGUUCCUGAACAGAGUGAUACUAAGCCUGAAAAAGGAAACGUUAAGCACGUUACGGUCGAAGAGUUGCAAGAGGCGAUAUUCAAGAACGAGUUAGCGUUCCACAAACGCAUUGAAACGCUUCUAAAAGAGAAUAGGGAAUUGCGUAGUGAGUUGCUUUUGAAGUCACAGAAGUCUGUACAAAAAGGCCGUAUUAAUAAAUCACUAAUUGAUAUGUAUUCAGAAGUUUUGGAUGAGCUCUCAGAUUUAGAUUCAGCAUAUAAUGUUCAGGAUCAGUUACCAAGAGUUGUCGUUGUUGGUGACCAAAGCUCUGGAAAAACAUCUGUAUUGGAAAUGAUUGCACAAGCUCGAAUUUUUCCUAGAGGCAGCGGGGAGAUGAUGACUCGCUCUCCGGUUAAAGUUACUCUUUCUGAAGGACCAUAUCAUGUGGCUUCAUUCAAGGAUAGUUCUCGUGAAUAUGAUCUCACGAAAGAAUCUGAACUUGCGUCUCUGCGGAAAGAGAUAGAAAUGCGUAUGAAAGCUCUUGUUAGCGGUGGAAAAACCAUCAGCACUGAAGUUAUUUCUUUAAAUGUGAAAGGUCCUGGACUUCAGAGAAUGGUUCUUGUUGAUUUACCUGGUAUUAUAUCCACUGUAACUGCUGGUAUGCAGUCAGGUACUCGUGAAACUAUACAGGAUGUUGCACGGCAAUAUAUGACUAAUCCAAAUGCAAUAAUUCUAUGUGUUCAAGAUGGAAGUAUCGAUGCAGAGCGUAGCAAUGUGACAGAUUUAGUAUCAUCUGUAGAUCCAUCAGGAAAACGAACAAUAUUUGUUCUUACAAAAGUAGAUCUAGCUGAAUCGAAUCUACAUAAUCCUGAUCGUAUCAGGCAAAUUUUAGAGGGUAAAUUAUUCCCUAUGAAAGCACUUGGUUAUUUUGCUGUAGUCACUGGGAAAGGUGCAAAAGAUGAAAGUAUAGAAAGUAUUAAAGAAUAUGAAGAGAAUUUCUUUCGUCAUUCUCGUUUAUUCAAAGAAGGAACACUACGUAUGUCUCAGAUGACAACAGCUAAUCUCAGUAAAGCUGUAUCAGAGAGAUUUUGGAAAAUGGUUAAAGAUUCAGUUGAACAACAAGCUGAUACUUAUAGGGCUAUUCGUUAUAAUCUUGAAACUGAAUGGAAAAAUUCUUUUCCACAUUUACGUGAAAUGGAUCGUGAAGAAUUAUUUGAAAAAGCGCGUAACAAUAUCCUAGAUGAUUUGAUCUCAUUAAAUGAUAUCAGUUCAACUGUUUGGGAGAAAAAUAUUCGUUCAGAAUUAUGGAAUAAAUUAAAAGAUUAUAUAUUCAGUAAUAUAAUUGAACCUUCACAGCGUAUUGAUAAUCUAGGAACUUUUCAAACAAAUGUUGAUAUAUGGCUUCGUGAUUGGGUUGAAAAUAAUUUACCAAAAGACUCUAUAAAAGCUGGUUGGCAAACUUUAUACAAUCAGUUAGAUAAUAAAUUAAAAACAGUAAAAAAUGCACCAGGUUAUGAUCCACUUUUUGAUCGAUUAAAAGAUGCUGUACAUCAAGAAACUCGAAAACGUCAUGAAUGGGAUCCAAAAGCUGAAUCUCGAUUGCGUGUAAUACAGUCCAAUGCUUUAGAUGAUCAUACUGUACACACAAAAGCUCAAUGGACUGCGGCUGUGGAUCUUUUAGAACAAGCUGUUAAGGCUCGAUUAAAAGACGUGAACCAAUCAAUCGCUGCAAAUUUCGGACCCGGACGGAUCGAACAAUGGACUCGUUGGAAAAGACGUACUGCGGAAGAACAAGCCAGAUUACAAACUGCUCAAGAAAUUGAAAAUUUAUUGAUAUCACUUCCAAAACCUACUGCACAUAUCACUCCAGACGAUUUAACAACAAUUAGACGCAAUCUUCAGUCUCGUAAUGUACCUGUAACUGAUAAAAUGAUUCAUGAAACAUGGGAACCUUUAGUUCGACGUUUAUACCUUGAAAGAUCUUUGUAUAUCUGUCAAGAGUGUCGUAAAGGCUUUUAUUAUUAUCAGCAUGGUUUUUUAAAUACAUCAUCAUUUGAUAAAUCGAAUACAAAUAUUUAUCCAUCUGAUAUAAAUGAACAACAAUCUAUUCAUACUGAUGAUCAAUCGAAUAUCUAUAAAACUUCAUUAUCAUCUGAGUUUCCAGAUUGUCGUGAAGUGAUCUUUUUCUCCCGAUUAAUACGUAUGAUAGAUGCUACUAGUAAUGCUCUUCGACAACAAAUUAUGAAUGAUGAAGGCAAGUUUUAUUCUAUACUGGUGAUUUAUGAACACAUUUUUUUUUCAAAAAAAAAGUGAACUUUUUCUUCAUUGUAUUUUCGAAUAAUAUAAAAUUCUAUGAUUUUACUAGUUCCACCAACCCCCCCACCUCCCAUCUUCAUCUCCUAAGAUUUAAGUAACCAGGUAGUAAGGACCUUCACUGUCUUCCUGAAGAAUACAAAUCUUGGUCGAAAUGAUGAAGAAUAUUUGUAACUCAAGUGGAUAAUCUUGAUUGUAUUUUUUGAGCUGGGUUAUUUAGUUGUAAAACUUUCAUCUUCUCGCUAGACGACAUCAUCAGCAUUGAUUUCAGUAUGAAGUAGCAAGCUUUCAAUAUCUCUCCAUGAGUGACUUAGUAGCUUACCCUGACGAUGUGGUUCGUGAUUGGUUGUUUCCUUUGACGGUUGUGUCAGUGACAGAUUAUAUAGAUUUCCCUUUUGGCUGUUCGUCUGUUUGACCUCUGACCUUUCUGUCGUUUAUCACUCUUCUCAUUGGUUGAUAGAUUAGGUCUGUGUCUAUAUAUCUAUUGAUUACUGACUGACGUAAAUGCCAAGCAUCUAGGAAUUCUCUGAUCCUGAUUGAACCUAUGUUUUUGUGGAAUUAGAUCAUUAAUCAUCUUGACAGAUUGAUUGGAAGCUUUGAGUCGAUAGAAGGCAUUUGUAUUAUCUUAAGUACUAAAUUAUAGGAUAUUAUCGAGAAUUAGUAAUGGUGUAUAGUGGUCAGCAGUGAGAUCCAGGGCUCGCGUUCCAUCCUGAUUGGAACUUGUCAGCUGGAUGUGUACCUGCCUUCUAGUGAGCGUUAUUGUUCCUACUGAGACUCGAACCCGCGACCGAUCAUUUCAAAUGCCAGAGCUAAUCCUGCGUUCAAGUCUUAGUGGGAACAAGAUCACUCAGCUGACGAGUCUCAAGUAGGAAGAAAUAUGCGUCUUAGAUCGCACUUCUAUCCACUGUCAGUUGUAAUUAUAAAACUGAAACGACGGGCAAUAUCGAGGCAUCCGCCUAGGAACCUAUGUGCCAGUAGAGACCGGUCAAAUCGGUUCAGUCAACGACCAGAUAAUAUAAGUAAUCAUCAGUGUAGGAGUAAAACUUGGACACCAUGAUAGAUCGUAAUUCCAUUUUAGUCUGUUUAUUAGAAAUGUCACACACAGUAAAGAGACAGUAUCGUUUACUAGAUAACAAUGUUUCUGACACAAUUUAUUGUCCAUAUUCAUAUCAGGUAACUAACUCGACAACUUUGAGACAGAAUUGAUAUCAAUAGUUCUAAUGUUCUCUCCUUCUUUGUGAUGACAAGGGUAGUAGAAAGAAUAAACAACAAGGAACUCUGACAACGAACCAACCAAUAACCUAUCACAUAACAAAUAUGCAGAGGAAGAAAGUGGAGAUGGAUUGGGCCUACACUGAGAAGGCUGAUUGGAGACAUCACGCGCCAGGCCAGUUGCUCGAGUGGAAUCCAAAUGGGAAGCGACAAGUUGGGCGACAGAGUCGAGGGUGACAUGGAGGAGAUGAUGUGAGGAAGAAACGAAAGUUUGUGGGCAGUCAUAGAGUGAGGUACAAACGACUGUAGAGAAGAGAGUAAAAUGAAGGCGUGCUACUGAAGCCCUAUGUUCAACUAGCAACCCAAGGGAAAAAUAAUAAUAAUAUAAUAGGUAUAUAGGAUUAUUCAACUUCGUUUGUUAUUACAGAUAUUAUGCAAUACGCUACAUAGCUUUUGCUGAUAUACGUAUGUUGGACUUACGUGUCUGAAUGUGACCCCGUCAUCGAAAUGCUUUGACGGUUCACUGGUGUACAUAAGUUUCAUUUUCCCCAUUAAGGUUAACUUUUGUUGCAUAACAGGUUCUUUAUUUAAUGAUUUACACUGAACCACGUAUUGGAACUUUAGCUUCAAGAUGAAGGGUGAUUUUUGUACUACCUUCCUCUAUCCUUAUCUGAUUUGACAUUUCAACUGGUAGUCCAAUCGUUUAUUGUAUUGAUUACUAUGGAAACCAGACUGUUCAUCUAGAGCUAACUAUUGGAAUUCACUUACUAUACCUAGUAGAGCCUUUAGAAUUGAAACCAUGAAAGAAUAUGACUUUUGACGAAAAGAUAUCUAAACUAAUAAAAAGAUAGUUACUACUAUUCUACAAUACCAUCUUACUCCAGAAAGUUAAACG